AUGUCUCAGACAGAGAAGGAUCCGGGUAUCAGGUUAUUUGGCAGGAAGAUUCCGCUGCCGGAAUGUCAGAUUCCGGCCAACUCAGGACCCAUGGAUGCUUGCAGCAACAUAAAAAAGGCAGAACUGGAAAUACCCAGUGAGUGUGGAGAAAACUCUGAGAAACAAGAAAAUACGUCUGAUUCAAGGGAUUGUAAACAAGAGUCCCAACAUAAAGUGAAGGAAAAUGAACCAACAGUAAAUCCCAAACCAGUGGAAGAUAAUACGGAGAAUGGUGGCUCAGAUCAAGAUAAAGUCUUAAAGAAACCCGACAAGAUUCUUCAGUGUCCACGAUGCAACAGUUUGGACACCAAGUUUUGUUACUUUAACAACUACAACGUUAACCAACCUCGGCAUUUCUGCAAGAAUUGUCAAAGGUAUUGGACUGCUGGUGGAACAAUGAGAAAUGUUCCCAUAGGUGCUGGGAGAAGGAAGAAUAAACACCUAGCAUCUCAAUACCGACAUAUUAUAGUAACCUCUAAUGGAAUUCCUACUUCCAGAUUAGAAACUGAAGACACAUCUGGUUUCCAACAUGUCACAAGUCUUGAAUCCUCAGUUCCUUUCAGGUCUUCAACAGAUAACAGCACUGUUUUGAAAUUUGGUCCAGAUAUCCCUCUCUGCGAAUCUAUGGAUUCAAUGCUUAAUCUUAGAGACCAGAGAAGAUGUGUUGAUGCAAGUUCUGUAAACUGUGUUGAGUAUGGAGGGGAACCAUCGAUAUGUGGAUCAUCUGUGACGAAUAACGGUACUCAAGGAAAUGAAUUAUCAGAGCAAAAGACAUCAAAUUGGUUACAAUGUUACCCUGUUCCUCCAUGGGUAUUACCUUAUCCAGGUUGGAAUAAUGUGAGUUCCAUGGAAGCAGUUCAUCAGUCUUCAGCACCAAUGUGUAGUCCACCAUACAACACUGGUCCUGCAGCAAUGCAAUGGUGUCCAGCGCCAGUGGUGGGAAUUCCUGGUAUGUGCCCACCAAGCAUUCCUUUGCAACUUGUACCACCAUCAUACUGGAGUGGAAAACCACUUUGGAAUGCUGGAACUGGGGCAGUGUCUAUAGGAUCCAAUGCUUGCCUUUCGCCAUCUUCCUCCACUAGUAACAGUUGCUGCUCAGGCAAUGGCUCCCCAACCCUUGGCAAACACGCAAGAGAUACGAUUUUUGCUGAUGAAGAGAAAUCAGAGAAGUGUGUUCUGGUUCCAAAGACCAUUAGAAUUGAUGCCCCAAAUGAGGCCUCAGAAAGUCCUCUAAGGGCUUCUUUAACUAUCAAGCCUGAUCAACAGCAAUCUGUAUUAGAUAGUGGUAUUUUGAAGAAAGUUGAACCAAAAGAAGGCAAAGAUCGUAUAUUGGGCGCCUCUCAAAUCUUGGAAGCCAAUCCAGCAGCUAUUUCUUGUGCUCAUACAUUUCAGGAGAGCACAUAG